UACAACUGCACGCCCUCUUGACCUCAAGUCAUAUCCACGGCAUGCUUGGACACAAUUGAUUGCGCUGCCAGCUGUCAGCCAUCAUGGACAUCUUUCAGAGCGUGCAAGGCUACAUCACGAAGAUCGUGUCGCAAGGAGAGAAUGCGGCGAGCACAGAGGCCGGCGCGGCGAAGAUGAAGAUACUGUUGUUGGACAAAGAUACUGUGCCAAUCGUAUCCUCAGCUACCACCCAGUCCGCCCUCUUGAACCACUCCGUAUACCUCACGAAUCGCAUCGAUGAUCAGAACCGAGAGAAGAUGCGACACUUGAAGUGUAUAUGCUUCCUCCGACCGUCGCCCGAUAGUAUACAAUCCCUCAUCGACGAGUUUCGAGAACCGAAGUACGGCGAAUACCACAUCUAUUUCAGCAAUAUAAUCAAGAAGUCCUCACUCGAACGCUUAGCCGAAGCAGACGAUCACGAAGUCGUCAAGUCGAUCAUCGAGUACUUCGCCGACUUCACAGUCAUCAAUCCAGAGCUCUGCUCGCUUCCUCUCUCGACACGACUCUUUUCCUCAUCGCCAGAAGCUUGGAGUCAUGACAGCCUUACAAGAACAACAGAGGGCGUGCUGGCGAUGCUCCUCGCGCUGAAAAAGAAGCCACUCAUACGAUACGAGAAGAACAGCCUGCUGUGUAAGAAGCUCGCGACGGAAGUACGGUACGCGAUGACACAGGAAGAGCAAUUAUUCGAAUUCCGAAAGCUGGACACACCGCCGAUAUUGCUCUUGGUGGAUCGCAGAGACGAUCCCGUCACACCACUGCUCACACAGUGGACGUACCAAGCGAUGGUGCAUGAGCUGCUCGGAAUUGAGAAUGGCAGGGUCAACCUGAGUGAAGUGCCAGACGUCCGGCCAGAGUUCAAGGAUAUCGUCCUCUCGCAGGACCAAGACCCAUUCUUCGCGAAGAACAUGUACUUGAACUUCGGCGACCUUGGCCAGAACGCUAAAGAAUACGUUGAGCAAUUCGCCUCGAAACAAGCGUCGGGCCAGAAGCUCGACAGCAUCGAAGACAUGAAACGAUUUGUCGAGGAAUAUCCAGAAUUCCGUCGAUUAUCUGGCAACGUCACAAAGCAUGUCACCCUUGUCACGGAACUCAGUCGGCGCGUCGACACCGACAGUCUGCUAGAUGUUAGCGAGCUCGAGCAAAGUCUUGCUUGCAAUGACAAUCACUCUCAAGAUGUCAAGACACUGCAGAAGCUCAUUCAAGAUCCGAAGAUACCACCGGACAACAAGCUCCGUCUGGUCGCCAUCUAUGCGUUGCGCUACUCUUCUCACACCAACAACAACACUCCCGCGCUCAUGGACCUCCUUGCAGUCGCUGGAGGUAUCAGUCGACAUCGCAUCAACCUCAUUCCGAAGCUGCUAUCCUACGCUCACUCUCUUCAAUCCAUGCCGCAGACUGGCGGAAUUCCAGAUUUGUUUCAGACAUCAAACAUCUUCUCCGAAGCGCGCUCAAGAUUCAAUCGUGGCCUGCGCGGAGUAGAGAACGUCUACACGCAACACUCGCCUCGACUGGAGACCACACUACAAGAUCUGAUCAAAGGACGCCUGAACAUGAACACGUUCCCGUUCGUGGAAGGCGGCGGACAGACGAGGGACAAACCGCAAGACAUUGUUAUCUUCAUGGUCGGCGGUGCUACCUACGAGGAAGCCAAGAUGGUGGCUCAGGUCAACGCGAGUAGUCCGGGCGUGAGAGUCGUGCUGGGCGGGACUGGGAUGCUCAACUCGAACUCAUUCUUGGAAAGUGUAGAGGAGAUUGUGGAUGCGUGGCCGGAGCCGAGGCCGGACACCGCGGCGGGCAGAUUGAGGCGGGAGGUCGGAAGGACGUGA